AUGGAGCGUGCAACACCGCUGCCACAAAAGCCGUUUUCUACAAGGAAAAAUCUCAUCAUAAUAAGUCCAGGCCGCGGAGGCUCCUCUUUCCUUGGAUCACUUUUUAAUGAAAAUCCUCAUGUCAUGUAUUCCUUUGAACCCUUUUUUGCCAUAACUAGAAAAAUUUUCCAUGUUGAUUUGGAUAAAGGAGAGAAAGAACCAAAGAAUUACAAGCAAGCAUUCCUCCGGGUAAUCGAUGGUUUCCUCAAGUGCGACUUUGCGAACCUCUCUAAGACUACUAUAUCGGCACUUUCAAAAAGCGGUUGGCAUCUUCUCAAAAGUAACGCAUUUUCAAAGGUAAAUCUUAAGCAGUUUUCAAGCGCUUUGCUUACCAGUACUUGUGAAAAUCACAAGUACACUGUUAUCAAGAUUUUGUCUGCACGAGUACCCAACAAGACAAUAGAAACUUUCAAAGAACUUUUCCAACAACAAAGCCACUAUGACGUCAAAUUAGUCCAUUUAGUUCGAGAUCCAAGAGCAGUGGUGAACUCCAGGGUAAAUCUCAAAUGGAUGAAAGAUCAUUUGCAUCCCAGCUUUAGUGAUAAUGUUCGAAGGAUAUGUAAUCCGAUACUACAGAAUAUUCGCUUUGGAUUGUUCUCUCCCUCUUCCUGGCUUAAGAACCGCUUUAAAAUUCUUCGUUACGAGGAUCUUGUGGGAAAUACGGUAAAUAUCACACGGGAACUGUACAGGUUCGCAGGAUUUGAUUGGUCAACGAGCAUUGAUGAAUGGAUAAGUCAACUAGCAAACAAUUCAAAACAAGGAACAGAAUACUGUGUUUUCAGGAAUGCUACAGCCGCUAUUCAUGGUUGGAAAAACGCACCAAAGCCCUUUAUAAAGGCCGUAGAGGAUGAAUGCAGAGAUCUUAUGGAUUUCCUCGGCUAUGAGAAAUACACCUAUUAG